AUGAAGGAAAAGCAGAACAAGGAAUGGAAAACUUUGGGAGAGCCAUGCUUUGGCACGAAUGGGUCGGCUAGACCGGAGAUACGAGAGAUGAUACCACGGCCUCACAACGGCCGUAUCACAAUGGGUAUUCUCGCCGCGAUUGCCGUGAAUCUUAUCGGAGGUAUCGUACUGUACGGUACGGGAGGACUCCUGGCCCCUAUUGUGGCGCCAUUGUUGGGUUUUAGUAGCGCCGGCAUCGCUGCAGGCUCAGUGGCCGCAGCUGCGCAGGCCUACUACGGCAACCUGGUAGCCGGCUCCAUCAUUUCACAGCUUACGGCUGCAGCAAUGGUCGCCCCCACGCCGUAA